AGUUUCACAUCACUUUCAGGUAAAAUGGAUUCCUUUAGAGAACUUACAGAGCUACGAGGUAACCAAGGCAGAGAGGAAGAAGAGGAGGGAGUUAUAUCUGUAGAGCCUAUCACGAUUAUAGUGUCGCCAGCACUGCAGGACUUGUCGAAAACGUUAACGCCUGAGAGCAGCGCUAGUUCGAGCGCUAGGGACAACGGUGGCACCACCAAGCUUCAUCGUCCAGCAGCUCGUCCUUUGAGGAGACACCCAGCCACGAGAAAGGGACGGGGAAUGUGGUUGGCAAUGACCCAGAUCUGCCCGUGGGCGGUGCUUCAUCAUGAAGUAGUAGACAGCGCGCCCUCAAUAAGUGGGUACAAGAAAUUAGAGGAUAUGGUGAGGGCGUACCACAUUCCCCGGAUGAUAUUGCUCCGAGCAGGCGCAAAGAAUGAGAGGGCAUGUACCGUGUCAAGGACGGGCUGGAUACCAGUACUACGAGGUGGCUCUGACGCAGCUGACGCCCAACAGCAUAAGGUUCAUCAUAGGCUUUAUGCUGUUGUGUGCGAGGUUGGAGGUGCCAGCGAAGGCGAUAGUGUUCAGGUCGCUGUUCCAGUGUUGGCUGUGUCCCAACUCCAGAGGCGCAAAGUGGUAUUACCUCUUCAGGAGAGAAAAGAGCCAGCUGUUCAAGAACACUUAGAGGCCCUGGUUACCUCGAAGCAGCUCGCCGUGUUCGGGUUUGUUGACAUGGCAAACCUAUUCACAAAAGGCUCCCAAGGUCGCGCAACGGGCGACACUUCGCAAAGACAGACGCGGUUCGACGAGCGGCCACCUCCAGCGCCACAAUCACGCAGCUCGUCGCAUAGUGGCUCCAGCUUGGCGUCCAAGCCUUGCGCCGAGCAGCGGGUUGAAACUGUGGCCCCCAGUGCGCGCAGGCGUGCAUGUGAGGAGACUGACAGUGAAGAUGAGGUCCUUCUCAUGCGGCGUAGAACAAGUGGGGGGACUCAGCCCGCUCAGGCGGCUCAACCUGCGGCCGCGCGCUCAUCAAACACGCCAUCAGCCACGGCGCGGGUAGCAGCGGAGCCCGCAUCUGCGUCGGCCUCAGUGUCGGCGUCCAGGAUCGCGUAUCCAGACGGCUUCAGCUAUGUGAAGCCUGACUGCCAUCCCCCCAUGGUGCAAGGCAUGCAAAGCUUUGUGCCUCCCGUGGAUCGUCAGCGGGCAAGGACUUUUGUGCAGCAGCAUGGCGGGCAGGUCGCCAUGGUCAAGUUGAUGGACAAUAACGAGCUCAGCGCCAACUGCAAACAGUUGGCCACAAAAAAGACCAGUCUUGUGAAUGAUGUCAAUCAUCUGCAAGGCUUGGAGAUGGCCAAUCGAGCUGCUGCAGCGGAGAGCCAAGCAGAUGAGCUCGCAAACAGAAAUAAUGAGCUCAGGGAGGAGCUCGAGCGGGCUUGCGCCGAGAAAGGGAGCGGAAUCCAGGUGGUGAAGGAUGAGACCGCCCGCGUUGAGGAACGGGCCAAGAAAGCUGAGGCCGAAAGGGAACGUGCUCUGAAUGAGCUGAGCUCCCUUAAGCACCAGGUCGCCGAGGCCGCGAGGAAUCUCAACGCUGCUGAAGAGGCGCUGAAUGAAUUGAAGAUAUCUCACAGGCGCUCUGUCAGCAUCGCCCGCGCUCAAGGUGCAGAGUGGCUGGUGGGCUCGGCCGCGUUCCAAGACGCUGUGAUGGUGGCGUCUGCAAACAUGACCACGGAGAUCUACAAUGAGAUCCGUGGUAAGGUGCUGCACCAUCGCCCGGACUUCCCCAUAUGCGAGCUGGCGUUUUUUGACGGGGAGGACAUUGACGAGCAGGGUAAGAGCCUUGCUCCCCUCGCUGAUACGACGGUGUGGUUGAGAUGGGAUCUCAACGAGGAGGGUGUACCUGUCUGGCCUCCUUCAGUUCUAGAGGAAGGGGAGGAUCCAACGGGGCUGCCCUCCUUUGACGGAUGGGUGGAAGGGGCUCCUGUUGCUGAAUAGAAGCCAUCAAGCACUCCGCCAACCUCUCAGCCCGUUGUGGUGUCGGCCAGGUCGCCUGUCAGUGCACCAGCUCUCGAGCCCGCAGCCCGCUCGCCUCCAGCUCGCUCCUUUCCUUCAGCUGCUGAUGCGUCCAUGCCCGUCGAUCUGACGGAUGAUUAAGUUUAGGAUUUUUCCUGUUGAUCUUUUGUAUUUUUUUUUUGUUUCUGCAUUUUUGUAUUGAUCAAUGGAUUCAUUCCAUAUGUAAUUCAAAUGUAAACAUCCUUGAUGAAAUACAAACAUGAAUUUUGC